AGAGACACCUUCUCUGGGAAACGCUUUCCAGCCACCCCCCCCCCCCGUUUCCCUCUGUGUUGAGGUAACGGCACUUAAGUCUUCAUAGGGCCCUGUGACCCCCUCGGCUGUUGCGAGGCGUGUUGUGUGAGAGAGAAAUCCUAGGGAUCCGGUCGCCAUGGAGCACAUCCGAAUGCCCAAGGUGGAAAACGUCCGCUUGGUUGAUGGAAUAUCUUCCAAAAGGGCUGCAUUAGGGACACUGUAUCUAACAGCCACUCAUGUGAUCUUUGUAGAAAAUGAGUCAGACACCCGUAAAGAGACGUGGGUUCUUCACAGUCAAAUCUCUUCUAUCGAAAAGCAGGCUACAGCGGCUACUGGUUGUCCUUUGCUGAUUCGCUGCAAGAAUUUUCAGAACAUUCAGUUCAUCAUGCCUCAAGAAAGAGAUUGCCAUGAUGUGUACAUAUCUUUAAUCCGUCUGGCACGCCCAGUUAAAUAUGAAGAGUUGUACUGUUUUUCCUUCAACCCCAAGCUAAACAAAGAAGAGCGAGAGCAAGGUUGGAAUCUGACAAACAUGAAGGAAGAGUAUAAUCGGAUGGGGGUCCCAAAUAAUUACUGGCAGCUGAGUGAUGUCAAUAGAGAUUACAGGGUCUGUGACUCUUACCCCACCGAAGUGUAUGUGCCGAAAUCAGCCACUGCCCAUAUCAUUAUGGGGAGCUCUAAAUUCCGCAGCAGGAGACGUUUCCCGGCACUUUCCUAUUACUACAAGCAGAAUAAUGCUUCCAUAUGCAGGAGUAGCCAGCCUCUCUCAGGCUUCAGUGCCCGAUGCCUUGAAGAUGAACAGAUGCUUCAGUCGAUCAGGAAAGCAAAUCCAGGAAGUGAUUUCAUCUAUGUUGUUGAUACACGGCCAAAACUCAAUGCAAUGGCAAACAGAGCAGCUGGGAAAGGAUAUGAGAACGAAGACAACUACUACAACAUCAAGUUUCAGUUCAUAGGUAUUGAGAACAUUCAUGUCAUGAGGAGCAGUCUCCAAAAAAUGCUGGAAGUUUGCGAGCUGAGAUCUCCUUCGAUGAGUGACUUCCUCUGGGGUUUAGAGAACUCAGGCUGGCUAAAGCAUAUCAAAGCCAUCAUGGAUGCUGGCAUCUUUAUUGCUAAGGCUGUUGCUGAAGAAGGAGUGAGUGUUCUUGUUCACUGUUCUGAUGGAUGGGACCGGACAGCUCAGGUUUGCUCCAUAGCAAGCCUUCUUGUAGAUCCAUACUACAGAACUAUGAAAGGGUUUAUGGUAUUAAUUGACAAAGACUGGGUUUCAUUUGGCCAUAAAUUUAAUCACAGGUAUGGCAAUUUAGAUGGAGACCCAAAGGAGAUCUCUCCAGUUAUUGAUCAGUUCAUCGAGUGUGUUUGGCAGCUUAUGGAACAAUUUCCUUGUGCCUUUGAAUUCAACGAAAGGUUCCUAAUCCACAUACAGCAUCACAUCUGUUCGUGCCAGUUUGGGAACUUCCUGUGCAACUGUCAGAAGGAAAGGCGAGAGCUGAAGAUUCAAGAGCGGACUUACUCACUUUGGGCUCACUUGUGGAAGAAUCGGGCAGAUUAUGUGAAUCCGCUGUAUAGGGAAGACCAUAAUCGGACCCUGCACCCACAGUCCGCACCCUGCCAUUUUAUCUACAAGUUCUGGAGUGGAAUGUACAACCGCUUUGAAAAAGGGCUGCAUCCGCGGCAGUCUGUUACUGAGUACUUAUUGGCAGUGAAGGAAGAAACACAACAGUUGGAGGAAGAGCUACUGGUCUUGGAAGAGAGAUUGGCCAAACUUACAAGUGGGCAGUUGAAUAAUGGUGAGAUAAAGCAAAAACAACAAAAUGGAAGCAACGACUUUGGACAUUCUACUUCUAAUGACAGCAUCGCUAACACUCCCCAGGAUUACACAGGCAAUCUGAAAUCCUUCUCCUCCCGGAGCCCAUCACAGGGAGAUGAAGAAGACUCGGCCCUGAUUCUUACGCAAGAUAACCUGAAAAGCUCCGAUCCAGAUCUCUCUGCCAACAGUGAUCAGGAGUCAGGUGUGGAGGACAUGAGCUGCCGGUCCCCAAGCGGAGGGGGAUGUUUGCCCAGCGAGGAUAGCACCAAAGACCGUGAUUCGGACGAAGCUGUUUGUCUUACUGUCUGAAGUGACAGCCAGUCAGUAGGUGACAAAUGACUACAUGUUGAAAGAGAGAAAAGUCCAAAGAAAUAGAGUUGUGCACUUAAGGUCCAGAUGUAACAUAGUUGUAAGCUAGAAUCCUAACUGGAAAAAUAACCUCUCAUAUUUAGCUUCUCCUAUUUAAGAACAGUAAUGUAUUUAUGGGAUUGCUUCAUCUUCCUUUAAUAACUGACAGAGCCAUACAGAACGGACAAUUUCUAUUUAACUUAGAAUUCUAGUUUAGUGUUUAGUUGGUCGACAGCAGUACCGUUCCCAAAGAAGCUUAGUGAAAACAUGUUGAUGCAUGUCAUGCCAAAAAACAAAACAAAACAAAACAAAGACCUGUCCUCACCAUUCCUGCAAAUUAACAGCUUGCACUUUAUGAAUACAGCUGAACAAAGAAGUCCACUUCUUGAAGAGCAUUACUGCAUCCGUUCAGAAAGUUAUAGUUAAAAUAGUAAAAAAAAUCAUUCCCAGGUUCCUGGAUUUAUUCCAGGCAUCCUCAAACUGGUGCCCUCCAGAUAAUUUGGAUUACAACUGCCACCAGCCCCAGCCUGCGCAGGUGAUGAGAAGACAAGUCUAGACACAGCCAGCAUACCAUAGAAGUCACUUGCUACAGAUUCUUAAAAGGAUCAAUGUAUUUUAAUCUUUGUUGGAAGCUGCCCAGAGUGGCUGGGGAAACCCAGCCGGAUGGGCGGGUUACAAAUAAAUAAUAAUAAUAAUAAUAAUAAUUCAUAAUAAUAUUUAGAAAGCAUUUCCCCAUGUUAGAUGGUGAGUAUUGAGGCAAGGCUGUACUGCUGAGGACCACAAGCUUGUGCCAAGCAGGCCCAGAAGCCCCAAUCUUCCCUGUCCCUUAGUUUUGCAGGAGGAAGAAAACAAAGAUGAAGUUGUAGCUCAAAUCAACAAAGGGCCUUCUCUUUGCUUUCCUCUAAGGGAGACACUUCCUUAAAUACUGUGACCCUGAUCCAGUUUUAGUUCCAGGUAUAGCCAUGUGUAACAACGGCUUCACGAUCAUGGAUGCAAAGUCACAUGCCCAUGCAUAAUAAAAGAUGCCCUGUACAUUCUGGUUGGGUUUGUAGCACUGAGACAGCAAGGGAUGUGAAUCCAGGUAAAUGCAGAGGCUGUUUAUGGGGAUUGACGUCUUUUGCUAGACUUUUGUCUCUGAGAACUCUGCUUUUAUAUCAUUUUGGGGGUGGGGGGAUUUGAAGAUGAUUGCUGCUUAAUAGGUCCCCUGUACUUGAGGCGUAUCUUUGACUUCUAGUUUGGAAGAUACUGGGCUGUAUUCAAUGCUCCACAAGUUGAACUCUGCCUGUGCAACAAGACGUCUUCCCUGUGCAUGUCCUGCAAACCACAUUUUGUUCCCGAUUGUCUUACAAAAACAAGAGUUUAUAUUGGAUUAGCUAUCAUGUGUACGUACAACAGUCAAACCCUGGUUUUAGUCUAGCGACAAAAUAGGAAAAUAACUCAAGAUGUGGUUAUUGAAAAUAUUUCCUGUUAAGGUAUAUGGAGCUGCAAUAAGGUAAAUGGGCUGCAAUAAUCCAGAUUAGUUGGGUUUGGUUAAACUAAGUGAUUUUGGUUACUAGUAGCAGAAAACCCAGCAGUCACUGACCUGAGUAGAUUCCUGUCACUUUUUCUUAUGUAAAUGUAAUGGCUGUAGUUCACUCCUGGAGUGGGCGGCGAGGCAGUAGGACAAGGGACAUAUUUUGGGAGCAAACACUGUCCCCAAUACUCAUAGCGCCAGCCUUCAGUGAUAAAAACUUGGUAGGGAUGCAAUACAUCUAGCAACAUUCAGAAACUAGCAAGAUGACUCACAUUGGUUUUAAACAUUCCAUGUUUUGAAAUCAGCACCCCACUUUAGAAUCGUACAUCUUUCUAAAACAUAUGCAUAGAAUACCUGAUGUACAUUCUUAAUGAUUUUUCUGGCUAGGAAUGAAGAAUUUUUUUAUUUUUCCCCCCCAAAACUUGGAAGCAUGGAAGUGCUAUGUUUGUGGAAUCACAUGUGAAAUACGGAUGAUGUGAAGGUGAAAUCUGGGAACUGAACUUAAACAAGUAUAACAUUGUAUACUAUAUUAUCUUGUCUGUACUUCUAGAAAUAUAGGAGUUUGAAAUAUGAAAAAUACUUAGUAAAAUUUGUGCAGCAUAUUUUAAAGUCUAGUUUUGCCGCUAAACUCCUGAUGGUUUUGCUAGGGAUCCCUGAACUCUUUCGAUUUAAGACAUUAUGGCUUGUUUUGUUUUUGUAUCGUCUUAAUGCUGCAUUAUACUACCUGAAUGAAGGUUAUUUCAAUAAUAAAUACAUAAGGACGCACAAUUAUUAUACUCUAUUGUUUAUAUUUAGGAUUAUUAUAAUUUUGGAAAAAUUCAAGAUAUUCUUUUAGAAUAAAUGUUUGUGCUUUCAUCAAUUUCUUUGAAUCCACAAUCCAGAGGAGUGUACUGCUCAACUCUUUCAAGACACUAAAA